AUGUCUAUACUUCCUCUAACUCUGGGUUGGAAACUAUCUUUUUGGGGUAGUGGAAUAGUUUAUCAUGAAACACAAACAACAACAUGGCAAGAUCCCAGAAAAACCCAGAGUACUACAAACCUUCACAAUCCUCAACAACAACAGCAAGCUCCUCCUGCUGUUCAUCCAUUACAACAGCAGCAGCAGCAGCAACAACAACAACCAGCAACACAACAACAGCCAGCUGUGAGCAGCUCACCAAAUCAACCCACCCAAAUUGUCAAUGUAGACAAAGUACCGUUACCGCCAGGCUGGGAGAGAGCCUAUACUCCAGAAGGGGAGGUUUAUUAUAUACACCAUGUAGAGAGGACAACAAGUUGGUUUCACCCUUCAGUUCCUGCACAUUUACAACGUCCAGGAAUGCGUCUGCAACAGCAGGCACAACAGCAGCAACAACAACAGAUGCAGGUGAACAGCCCCGGAUCGUCACCAAACAUGGCUCAGUGUCAGCAAGGCAACUCGACAGAUCGUCACCGUCAAGUACAGAUUGGAUUACAACAGUUAAAGAUUGAACGGGAGAGGUUAAAGAAACGAGAAGAGGAGAUUGCCAGACAAGAACUGAUGUUACGUACUGGUAAUAUACAACAUCCAGCAAGUACCGAAAAUAUCACCGAUAUUACCAUAUCACAAGCUAGUGAGAUGACUUCUGUCACUGAUCCAUUUUUGAGUCAAUCGGGUACGUCCGAUCACACAAGACAGGAAAGUUCUGAUAGUGGACUUGGAGGAAUGGGGACAAGUUAUAGUUUAUCAAGAACUCCUGAUGAUUUCCUUGGCAAUAUGGAAGAAAUGGAUUCACAAGAUGGGGGACCCAAACUACAAAGUCAAACGGACUUUGGUACAAUGGACAUAUCGAAUGUUGGCAGCGUUGAUGGUGGAGAGAGUAAUAUGGAAAGUGAAGAUUUGGUGCCUAGUUUAAAUGAAGCCAUCAGUAAUGAUUUAUUAAAGGAUGUAGAAAAUGUGCUUCAGUCUAAUAAAAUGGACAAUUUAUUAACCUGGUUAUGAGAACGGCACCAAGGGGAGAGUUAAUUGUUAAUAGAAUGGCGAUAAUAAAAACCUUUUUUUAUUCUAAAAAUAAUUAUAUCGUCCAUAUAUGUUAUUAAUUCCAAAUUUUUUGUGAAAUAUGAAAAAAGAUGUAGUUUUAUAUUAUAAAUAAGAAAAAAACACAAAAAAAUACAAAUAUAUUAUAUAUAUAUUUAUCAGGGAAAAAAGCUCAAGAGUACUAGAUUCAUAAAAUAAUAUUUCGUCGUCAAAGUUUAACAGCCAACUAACAAAUUAAUAUCUAAUGAUUCCAAUGACCUUUGGUUCUAUUUGACCUUAUAUUCUAUUUAACCUUUGGUUCUAUUUGACCUUUGGUUCCAGAAAAUUGAUAAAAUCUGUAAUUUGAAUGAAGGUUUCAAAGAAUUACUGAAAAAAUUUAAGAAUUUUUGUUAAAAAACGUUUAAAGGUUUUUUGGUGCUACUUCCCUUAAAAUGGCUACCUCUUUUGGCACCUAGUACUUUAGAUUCAUGUUCC